AUGACCCUUCCCAGGCGGCUUGUCCUCGCACUGAUCCUGGGAUGUUAUUUCAGUCCGGCGCGGUGCUCUGGAAGAAGCCUUGACAGCGAGUUCACGUACAUUUUACCACCCGGAACUUCUGAAUGUUUCUAUCAAUCUGCUCUCAACAAUGGGACGAUGGAGGUCGAAUAUCAGGUGAUUGCAGGAGCUGGUAUGGACGUGAACUUUAACAUCCUCUCUCCACAUGGCAUCAGCCUGAUCUUUGAGGCCCGGCGCUCUGACGGAGUGCACGUGGUGGAGCCCACAGUGGAGGGGGACUACCAGAUCUGCUUCGACAACACGUUCAGUCACUUUUCAGAGAAGUUGGUGUUUUUCGAGAUCAUCAUUGAGGGACGAGGAGGUGAUGUAGGAGGAGACGAUGAGUGGGCGGGACUAGAUGAGCCUCAAGGGAACUUGGUGGAAUACAAGCUGGAUGACAUACGGGAGUCCAUGGACAGUUUGCACAAACGCUUGGAGCGCAGUCGUCAAAUGCAAGUUGUGCUGCGAGCGUUUGAGGCACGUGACAGGAACCUGCUGGAGGACAACCUGUGGAGAGUGUCGUUCUGGUCCUGUGCCAGUGUCCUGGUCAUGAUGUGUGUGGCCCUCACUCAGGUUUACACCGUACGAAAGCUGUUCGAUGAUAAGCGGAGAGUGUACACAUAG